AAAAGAGGAAGCACCUUCAAUUUUCCAGGGAAGAAGUAGAAUCCGAUAUAUCUUAAGGAAGCCGACUGACAUGGAAGCAAUCAAACAAAGCAGGAGGUUAGAAUACUAUGAUUGAUUUUCGUAGUAUAUACCGUUAAGGAGAGAGGUGGAGACGAUAAUGAAGCAAGUCAAAAGUUUAUGUUAUUAGAGGUUCAAUUUAUGGCUUAGAUAGACUGGGGAAGAAACAUAGAAAACUGGCGAAGGUGAGAAAGAGGAAAAGACGAUGUUUAUGAGUUUUGGUCGGUUUAUUUUGAAUCAAAUGCUGAGAUUGACCAAAUGGGCACACAAAAAUUUGGAAUAGGACACUUCUAUUUCUAAUUCUUUAAUGAAUUAAUAAUAAAUAGAAAUUCUGCUGAAAAUACCAGAAAACCUAAAAUUUCAAUAUAUUUACAAACCCAACCACUCUACCCACCCAAUUACUAAUAACCCGACCCGACCCAUCUGUUUUCCCCUAAAUCCCUAAUUUUUUUUCUUCGACGUAACCAAGAAACACAAAUCCAAACACAAUCGACAAUCUCAAAUCACUAUCUCCCUCAAUCUCCCCUCACUAAUCAAACUCUGUAACAAUCAUCUUGAAGCUGGUCCCUUGAAUCUCAUCUAUUUCUCUGUUUCGUGUCACUCAUUGAAAAACUAUGGCUCCUAAGACUCGCUUCGCCGGAAAAACAAACAAGGAAGGUGCGCCGGAGAAGAAGAAGAAGAACAGGUCUGCGGCGGAGAAGAAGAAAGCUGCGGCGGUGAAGAGGAGGAGAGAAGCCGUGAAAAAAAAAAGAGAUGCAGCAAAGAAGAAGACUGAAACCGCAGAAAAGAAGAGGAAGCAAGACUCGUCUUCGUCGGAGUCUUCAUCCAAUCCAACCAAGCGGCGUCGGACCGCAUCUUCACCAGAACAACAUUCCGAUCCCGAUCAUUCCCCGGCACCAUCAGCGGAAUUGCUUUCUCAGGAUGAUAGAGAGGGUACGCCAAGCCCAUCAUUUCCGAUUGAGCCACAAAAAGCACCUACUCAAACACCCAGUGAGGCGGAGAAUCCACUGCAAGCUCCAAUAACUUCUAACAACAGAGAGGAUCCCAACAGAGAGUCACACUCACCAGAGGCUGCCAUUAACAAUGAAGCGCAAAGAACGAUUGGAUCUAACAACAGUGAUUCAAACCCACCUGAGGCCGCCAUUGGAUCUGCUACCAUUGACAAUGACGCGCCAAGAACGGAUGGGGAGGAGAAUAUGGCCGUAGAACCAAUGAGACCUGUUGGUUUUUUCUUCAAGCCGAGUGAUUAUUGGACGGCUUGCAAGCUCUCCUCAAGGUGCCACCAACACGAUUUUCUGGAGACGAUUAAAGACUUUAAGGAGUCAGAGAAGAGUUGGUUUGAGAAUCACCCUCAGUUCAAGCAUUUAUUCCACAUGGAUUGUUGCGAGAAAAGAAAGGUUCAGGGAUUGUGGAUGUUGCUACUUCGUUGUAUGCAUACAGGAAAGGAGCGACAAGCUUGGUUUGGGGUAAACGGUGUUCCAAUUAGAUACUGUAUCAGGGAACAUGCCCUCCUCUCUGGUUUAUACUGCGGAUCAUACCCUGAAAACUAUCCGAGAAAAGGGAAGAUGAAGUUUGCAACAAAGCAUUUUAAGCACUUGCAGAAGAAGACUAAGGAGAAGAAUAGGAAGAAACAGGGUCUGAGAGUGACAGAAGCGAAUGUCUUAGAGAAGCUUGAUAAGAUGGAAGCUGAUGAUGGUAGUGAUGAGCGUCUGAAGAUGGCGGUUCUUUAUUUUUUGACCAGAGUAAUAAGAGGAAGGACAAGAAAUGCAUACUUCAUUGAGCCUUUCAUUCUCCAGGCAGUAGAUGAUCUGGAUUUUUGCAACAAGUUUCCAUGGGGCCGUUACACAUUUGAUGAUUGCAUGAAGGAGAUUUUCCACUUGAGGGAUCAUUUCGCUAAAGGGCUCCCAAAGAAUAAUAUGCAGUGGACAUUUCCUGGGUUUGUCAUCCCUUUGGAGAUAUUGGCUUUUGAAUGUAUCCCUGUCCUUAGGGAAAGUUUCAGAGAUCCUGAUCCAAACUGUCUCCCAGAUUGCCCAAGAAUGUGCAAAUGGAAGUACAAGAGGACCGGGACAACAGGAUUUGCAUUAGAAGAGAUUUAUAAGGCGCUUGGAAACACAAAGGUGAUUUCAAGUACGCUGAAACCACAGGGAGAUGAACUAGACCUCUUGUAUGAAAUCAUGGAUGAAGGGAGUGUGGAAGACGUGGAGCUGCAAGAUGAUUCAGAUAAGGCAGACAUAGCCGUUGACGGUUGGAACCGGAUCCUUAUAGAACCGGAAGGAAAAAUAUUUUGGGAGGAUCUAUUCGAGAUGGAUAUGAGAACCCGGCCUACCACACCAGAAACAAUCUGAGCCUCAUGGUAUAUUCGAAGGACAGGAGGAAGAAAGGGUAUGUGAGGAACCCGAGGCAGGGGGCGAGGCAGGCCGUGAAAGUGUAAAAGAGUUGGAAUUGAGAUUGAACAAGAGAAUGGAUGACGGAUUUGCAUUGAGGGACGAAACAAUUCGCCUCUUGGCAGCACGAGUAAAGGAGUUGGAACAAGACAAGAUUCAAAGAGAAAAUUGGUCAUUCCAAUUUGGUGAAUAUGAAACAUGUGAGGCUUCAGGAGGCAAAGGAAGAGGUAAUUGAUUUUAAAAUUAGUUUUGUUUUGAUGUCAAAUUUGCAUUGGAAUUGUUUUGAUGAGGUAUUCAUUUCUAUUAUGUUGUAGAUAAUAUGGGCAAUGGCAAUGAGGAUGGUGAGGAAGUGGCUGAGAAGGAUGGUGAGAAACAGGUCGAAGAAGAGGCUGAGAAGGAUGGCGCGAAAGAGGCUGAGAAGGAUGGCGCGAAAGAGGCUGAGACAACACCUGAAGAUGCUGAGGGUGAGGAAGAGGCUGCGAAAGAGGCUUAUGAGGUCGCUGGCAAUGAGGAUGAAGUAGGUCAGAAGGAGGGCGAGACAGAGGCUGACAAGGAGGGUGAAACUGAGGAAGGCAAGACAGAUGUGGAGGACUCGCCAUCUACUCUUCAAGUGAUGGCAGAAGCUGCGGAGAAACUCGAGAAAGAGGUUGAUGAUAAGGCUGCUGCAGAGAAGGCUGGUGAUGAGUUAGCUGCUGCUGAAAAGGCAGCUAGUGAUAAGGAAAAAGUUGGUGAUGAGGAGGAGACCAGGCCAAAGAGGACCCAUAAACCUUCUCGUCCGCUCAGGUCUCCGUAUCAGAAAAACUAAUAGCUAUUUGGAAUAGCUUUUAAGAACUAAAACUUAUGUUCCAACUAAAACUUAUGACUUAUGUUUCUUUUGAUGCUAAAACUUAUGACUUA